AUGCGUGACUGCCGGGAUACGCUCGACCAGAAGUUCGUUUGGGCGGCCGACGACGCGCUGAAGGUGCGCAGUGACAUGGACAAGUGCAUGGACCAGGCGUCGGACUAUACCGUGUACAUGGGUACCUGCCACCACUUGAACAACCAGAGGUUCGAGUUUGACUUACCACGCUACGCUGGGAGGACCAUCGGCCUCCCGGCCGCAUCCCUGGAUUCGGUCUGGUGUUGGUUUGGUGUUGGUUUGGUGUUGGUUUGGUGUUGGUUUUCUGCUUAUCGCAUUACGGUCAUGACGUCGCUGGCGGUGACAGUGUUGGAGAGUUAA